AUGGAUUAUACGGGUAAUACUAUGAGGGUUGAUUUAGCUUCGAGCUCUGAUGAGGAGGAACCUGUUCGUCGUCGUUUACUGCUAACUGUGUCGCAGGUUCGAGCAUUGGACGAAUCGUUUAGCUCUGGACUUACUUCUCGUCUUUUUCCAACCCGUACCCGUACUCGUACUCGCCAACAAGUUCUUUCGAGCUCUAGUGAAGACUCAAGUGUGGAGGGGAGCCUAGACCUGGACAGUGAUAUCGAAGAAGUUCCGGAAGUACAAGUAGCUCAGGAAGUACAAGAAGUUCAGGAAGUACAAGUAAUUCACGAAGAACGUACCGCUUCUUCCAGUCCGACAGCCAAAAGAAGGAGGACAGAGGACGCUUCUACAUUAGAACCCGUGAAAGAAGAUGUGGAUGAGCCGGAAGAAGAUGAUGGGUGUAGUAUUUGUUAUGAGGAUUAUCAAAGUUGUGGAGAACAUCGCCUUGUUUCUUUGAAAUGUGGUCAUUUUUUUGGAAAAAGCUGUAUCAUGCGUUGGAUUCGUUCCGAAGGAAGAAGUGCGUCCUGUCCUACUUGUAAAGCUAAAGCAACUACUAGAGAUGUUCGUCCACACUUCACAAAAACGUUCAAAGUUUUAGAUACAUCUGAGUUAGAAAGUUUAAGGGGAAACAAAGUUUUAUUAGAGAGAAGAGUAGCUGAUUUGGAGCUAGAAGUUGUCAAGCAAACGAGAUUAGCAGAGGAGCUUAAAGAGAAAAUGAAAAAUAGUACUAUCUCUCAGAGUUUCAUAUUAGCUAGGCGUGCAGGGAAAAUAGUUCUAACGGCUAUAACGAAAUUGUCACUCACUCGUGAAGCCACGGGAUAUUCAAGAGCUUUUGACUAUAAUGGAUCAGUUUUUGCAGUUGGUGUAGGUGAUCUAGGCAAUCUAUUCAGUGCUUUUGGUAUCAAAACAUUAACAUGGGAGAAUAUGAACCUGAAGGUUAGAGAUGUUCAGCCAUGUCAUACAUCUCGUACACGUGUUGUUCAAUUCUGCCCUCUGGAACAAACUUUAUUGUUAACAGCCGGUGAAGAUAAAACAGUGAUUAUACAAGAUGUUGCUCAGAAACGAGUUGUCAAGAAGUACAAAAUUCCUGGUUCAAAACAAGUUUGGGCAGGAUGCUGGAUCUCUAGAGAAAAGCUUGUUGUUGGCUGUAUGGACGGCAGAGUGCUUUUAUAUGACAUCACAUCAUCGUCAGAGCUUCCCGAAAAAGACAUCAGCGACAACAUCGGAGUAGUUCCUAUUAUUUUCCUGGCAUAUGAUACGCGGCUGGAUUUGUUGCUGAUCUGUUCUGUCAAAACAUUCGUUGUUGUCCAUAAUGAACGUGUGUUUACUUUGUGUCGCUGUGAACCUGGCGAAACUUAUCGAAGUGCAACUUGGGAUGAAAGUUCGAUUCAUGUCAUGCUUUCUCUGAAGACUGGCGCAGGCUUUACACAUAAACUCUAUCGUCUCGGCAUAGAUGAAGCAACUAAUGUGGUAACUAUGGCUGAUGUAGACGUUUGGGAUUCCACCAAUGCUUUCAAAUGCUCCACAUACUGGUAUAAUCUUUUAUUUUCAACUGAAAAGGGUCUUUUCUCUAUUGUGUAUAACGAAGACAAACAAUGUUUAGAAUGUUGUGAUUGGACAAAAAGACGGAGUAAUGUAGCGAUCUCUUUUAACAUGGGUAAUCCUUCAAUGAUGCUCGCAGUGCCGGGUUCAAAUGCUGAUAGUAAAAUAAUAUUCAUUUUAACAGAAUUAUCAGUAUUUGUUUUAAAUUUUCAAAUUAACGACUGA